AUGAGUGACCAAUCCGGCAAUGCCGCCGUCCAGGCAUUCAUCAACUGUACCCCAGAGAUCUGCCCAUACGACUCGUCGUUCUACGGCUACCGGAUCCAGAUCGUGCCCAACGCCGUCUUCUUGGGCCUCUUCUCCCUAUCUCUUCUCGGCUUCCUCGCCGUGUUCCUCAUCACGCGGCGCGGAGGAGCCUUCACAGUCGCCGUGAGCCUCGGCCUGAUCACCGAGAUCUUGGGUUAUGUCGGGCGCAUUUUGAGCUGGCAGAACCAGUGGGCGGAGCUCGGGUUUCUCAUGCAGAUAUGCUGCCUCACUAUCGCGCCUGCCUUCCUCGCUGCUGGUAUCUAUUUUUGCAUUCGCAAGAUCGUUGCCGCCUUCGGUCCGGAGAACUCGCGUAUUCCGCCCCAGUUCUACACCCGAAUUUUCAUCCCCUGUGAUCUUAUCUCCCUCAUCCUCCAAGCCGCAGGCGGUGCCCUCGCGUCCAUUGCCUCGCACACCCAUGGGUCCACCACGCUGGGCGACAACAUCAUGAUAGCCGGUCUCGCCUUCCAAGUCUUCACCCUCCUCGUCUUCAUGAUCCUCUGCGUCGACUUCGGCAUCAACACCCUGCGGCGCACCCGCGCCCUCGGCGCCGCCGCCCUCGACCAGGACGCGGCCAUCGUCGCGAUUCGCCGCUCGCGGAUGUUCAAGGGGUUCCUGGUCGCGCUGGCGCUGUCGACCAUCUGCAUAUUCUGGCGGAGCGUGUACCGCGUCGCCGAGCUGAGCAACGGCUGGACGGGUCCGCUGAUGAAGCGCCAGGACCUCUUCAUCGGCUUCGAGGGCGUCAUGAUCACCGUCGCCGUGCUGGUGCUGAACGUCUUCCACCCGAGCCUGUGCUUCCGCGACCUGAUGGGCCCGAGGAAGAACUUUAGGUUCUGGGCUGCGAAGCGCGCGGUGGGUGAGCCAAAGGGGGAUGUUGAGAAGAGCGAGGUUAGGGGGAAGUCGAGCACGGGCACGAGCGUCACGGGGCCGAGUGGUAAGAGUAGCGCUUAUGCUAGUGAUGGUGAAGGCGUGGAGAGGACAUAA